ACAUGGCUUCGGGAGACAAGAAACUUGUUCGGUCCAAAAGCGGACUGAAAAUCGUGUCUACAAACGAUGAAUAUCGAAGUCCAUUUGUUCUAAAUGAGCCUACAUGGGUACCAGACAAUGAAUGCUCGCAAUGCAUGAAGUGUAAAGGGCGGUUUGAUUUUAUGAGGCGCCGGCAUCAUUGUCGGCGGUGUGGGAAAUGUUUUUGUGGGACGUGCUGUAAGAACAAUCUGCCUCUUCCACGAAUGUGCUUCAUCGACCCAGUCAGACAGUGCAUUGAAUGUGCACAGAUGACAAACAAGGAAAAUGAAUUCUUCGACAGACAUUUGAAAAUAUUAACUAAUGGCACCCAGUUCAAAGUGAUGAGUACACUACACGAGGAUAGAGAUCCCAACGAGGAAGUACUUUUCGUGUGCAAACUUGCUUCAGAUCACAGGGUUGUGAUGUUUGACAGCGGUUCCAGCAGUGAAAGUCAUGAGGCCAUAGAACUUCAGUCCAUCUCUUCAUGUCAGAUAUUGACAUCUGGCAUUGACCCACAAGGUAACACAGUGGCAACUGGUAUCUGUAUUCUGUACCGAGACAGCCGUGGUGAGGACCAGAAGGUUACCAUGGUAGCACCCGACCUCAUGCAAAUCCGGAAACAGUCGAUGAUGUGGUUGGCAGCAAUGCAGCGGGCUAUGAAACUGAUGUACGAGACCAAAAAGAUGAACGCCAAUGAAAUGAACAUGGAGUACUGAUAAAAUCCACCACCGACUGUGGGUACAGGUCUGCCAGAAGUUUGUUUUGAUUGCUCAAUACCUUGGAUGCUUCCAGAGGAAAUCGACAACUUCACAAAUAGAACAUUUUGAAAUAUUUUUCUACGUGUCGGCUUAAAAACUAUUUUUAUCUCCAUUGCAAUGGACCCGAUUUGACGAGACAUCUUUGUUUGUUGGUUUCUCUGUGUUUAUAGUGGCUUGUUAGCUGUGAGUACCGGUACCGGUUUAGACACUGUAGUUUGUUACACAAGAAAUUGGCACGUUACAAGCAUAGCAAGUAGGUUCAAAUGCUGAAUUGUCUGUAUGAGAUCAAAAAAAUCUUGAGUGCCCUAUUUUCAUGAAAUGGACUAUGGACUAUAGGUACAAUGGGUCUCGGUAUACUUCUCUUCACUGUGGUCCAUGAAAGCAACCUGUCCAUGGUUCUGAGUAUCUCUUACCUUGGCUGCUUUGAUUCUGAAACCUAUUGGUACCAAAAAGAUAUAAGCACGCCAAGUUUUCUUUCGAGAUCAUCUGGAGUAAAAGCAUUUUUCAUGUACAUGUAUUUUUGCAAUCUCCGGCUUCUUACUUUUUUGCUUGUCUUGCAUAAUUACCUACACGUUUCUUGUCAAAUCUGAUCCAUUUGUGGCCAAGUUCUUGAAUGUUAUUGUUAAUCAAAGGUGGCUUAAACUUGGAAUGGAAUGAUGUGGUAGAAGUGAUUGGGUGUAAUCGUUUGUGAUUAUUGGGUUCAGGUAAGCGAUGUGUUUGUGAUACUGUUAUGUCUUCUUAUCCUUAAGGGCUGUUACCAUAGUCUGGCCUCCUUCCACCAGAUAUCAGUGUUUCUUCUUUAAGUCUUCUAUUUGCCAGGCAUUUAUAGAAGGCGUUGCAUAAAUUUGAUGUUAUUCAUGCUAUCAUGUAAAAGGUGCUUUGAGAUCUUUGGCAUCCUUCUCAAAUCUGAAAAAAAUGUUCGUUUUUGAUCACACCCUUUUAAUAAACGAGAAUUUGCCACAUUUAGAAUAUGGAAAAGAAAGAAAAUAGCUAUUAGAUGGGUAAAGGAAAAUUUGGAUGAAGGGAAAUCAGGCAUCUUGGCAUCUAGGCGCUUUCUCCUUUGGUAACUUUCAAUACACUGUUUAAUAUAUAGGUUAUAUUAUAUUGUAUAUUAUGAUAAAUAUUGUAAAUACUUGAAUGGAAGUGGAGUUCACUGUUAAUCCCUAGCUGCUAUUUUGGUCUCCAAGUUACUUGAAACACCUUUCCAACCCAUCAUAUUUCAACUUCCAAUCCACAUUCCAUGCAAUCCACUGUGGAAAGCAUGUAUAGUACAAGCAUCCUUGAAGAUGGCAGCACUGUAUGUUGAUUGAAAAGUGGAUGUACCUUUCUGUGGGUCAGUGGUGCUGACCAGGGGGUGCUGAAGGGGUGUCGUUUUAUGAGCCGCCCUGCAGGUCGGGGGUAGUCAAAGGGAAAAAAAGUCUAUUGCUUAGGGUAUGGGUUAGAGGUGCUUAUUAUAGUUCAUGAAAUCGAGCUACAUGAUUAACAUUGUACACUGCUUGUAAAUUUGCCUAAAAUUUUGAUGCAUAGCAUUACAGACUAUAUUGACGCUAUUUAGUCCGUUGAGGGGGCCUGUACAAAAGGAUUAUCUUACGUAUAAUAAGCCUGCAUGUAACAGAUAGGCCUUAUUAGCGUCAACUCAGUAUUUCUGAUCAAUGUGUAUUUUGACAAAUAUCUAUAUAGUGGCUACCGGGUAUAUACAUAUUUAACAAUUGAAUAUCAAAACACUUUACAGUCUCAAGACAAAGAAUUUUAACUAACUAGUGUGUCAUGUAAAGCAAUGUGUAUAUUCUAGUAAAUAGACAGUUGGUUAUAAAGGUAAAUCUUCAGUCUUUAGUGGAGUUCUCUUUACUACAAUCAAUGCCCACCAACUUUGAAAUACAUGUAAUGGUAAAUUCAGGUAAGUGAAGACUUAAAUACAUGAAGUCGUCUUCGUUAUAAUAUCUUUGUAAAGACGUGGUUUUACCUCUUGCAAUGUAUAUUUCCACCUGUCCAGGUCCACUAUGUCGACAUGAUAAGCUUGGUGAGGGUCACCUGUACAGAAGGCCUGCUUUCGGGUUUAGAAAAAUGUGUAGCAGCUUGUAGGAUGUGGUAAAAGUGAGUUUAUCCCAGUCAAAUAUUCCAAAGCAAAAGCCCUCCUGCUCUUUAAACAAUAUGCCUAGCUGAGCACAAUGACCAAUUUUGUCAUAGAAAGACAUAAAAAUCUUCUUUUUCAUUGCCUUGUUCACAGAUAGAGAUUAUGUUAGAUGUAAAUUUCCUUUUGGCACAAAGAGGUCUUUUGAGGACAAAGUCACAACCAGAAUAAGGAUACGUUCACUGCAGGAAAUCUUUUUAAAAACAGUGUGAAGUUGGGUUACGGUGUUUUAUGAGUUCAGUACAAAGCUCUCGUCCGUACACUCUGCAGUUCUCCAAGCACUCCCUUCAGUGUCCAAGAUGGUGCCACUGUUAGUGGUGUCACAAUCAAAAUUAUACGUGAAAGUCAGGAUUUUUCUUCCAUACUACGUGUACCUUUGGUGCAUGUGUUACUUUAAAGUGAUUAAUCCAGGCAUUCUGGUUAUGACUUUGUCCUCAUAAGACUGAUUUGUAAUAUAGGGGGUGAUAACACAACCUGCAAAAUUAGCAUUCCGAUGCAAGUAAGGAAAAUGUUUAAUGAUUCAGGGACAUCAAGACAUAAGACAGGCUACCUCUUAGGCUGGGUAUCCAUGCAAUGCUCGCUUGUGGCAUUUUCUCUUGUUCCGUGUGUCCUUGUAACCUUGUCACAUGCCACACACAAGAUGAGCCUUUGUUUGGCUUGUUAGACAUUCCCAUUGGUGGUGCCUGGGAACAUGCUAUAGAGACAAUUGAGGCAACACCACAUGUUCACAAGAAAACAGCCCAUGGAUAUUCAGCCCUAAAAAUCCAUAGAGACCAGUACAUGUGACGGAUCAGUGCUGCAUCCCACAAUCACAUGUGUAGAGCAUCCUUGGAAAUAAGAGUCCAACCUUUUGAAGUAUGCCUCUGGGCUUAUGGCGGGGCUUAACUGAAAGAUGGGUGGUCUAUUUGCCUUGCUUGGGUCACGCUUUGGCAACCAAAACGAAUCCCUUUUCACGCAUUUUUUGGGCCAAGGAUGCUCCACAGAAGUCGUCAGGAGUGACUCCCCAGAUGCUACAUUAACUACUGAUCACACAUGGUCUGAUAUGUAAUUGUUCAAAGGCCCAAUUUAUGAUCUUUUACAGUAAUGUUAUUGUAAUUGUUCCUAAAAUAAAGAUUUUAAUAUUAUAUAGUGAUCAUGACUUCA